CACCCACAUGGUUCCCUGGUGGUAGCAGCGGCAGGCGUUUUUGGGGACCCGCAGAUGAUGGAAAAAUCGUGAUUAUUAAACGAUUAAAGCAAAAAAACGACUGAAAAUAAAACGAAAGAUGGGGGAGUUUAAGGUCCACAGGGUCCGCUUCUUCGACUACACCCCUGCCGGGAUCCGGUGCAUGGCGUUCAGCCCCGAAACGGAGCGGCUGGCCCUGGCGAGGCAGGACGGGACCGUGGAGAUCUUCAACUUCUCCGACAACUACUUUCAAGAAAAGGUGAUCCCGGGGAACGACUCCCGGUCGAUCGAGGCGGUGUGCUGGGUCGGGGGUCGCCUCUUCACCGCGGGCCUGAACGGGGAGCUAACCGAGUAUGACCUGGUCAACCUCCGGCCGAAGUACUCCCUGGACGCCUUCGGGGGCCCCGUCUGGACGUUAGCCUGCAGCCCCCAGCGGACGCACCUGGCGGUCGGCUGCGAAGAUGGCCUGGUGAAACUCUUCGAAGUCCUCCCGGAAAAGAUCCAGUUUGAGAGAAACCUGGACCGGCAGAAAGGCCGCGUGAUCUCCCUCUCCUGGAGCCCCUCCGGGACCCAGAUCGCCGCCGGGCUGCUGGAUACGAUCCGCGUCUUCGACGUCCAGACGGGUCGCGCGGUCCGGAGGAUGCUGGUGGACCGCGGCCCGGCCGGCCGGCGCGGGCGGGAGUGCGCGGUGUGGGGCGUGGCCUUCCUCUCGGACGGGACGGUGGUCAGCGGGGACUCGGCCGGGAAGGUGCAGUUCUGGGACGGCCGGGUGGGGACGCUGAUCCGGACGCACCCGGUGUCCAAGUGGGACGUCUUGACGCUGUCCGUCUCGCAGGACGAGCGCAGCCUCGUAGCGGGCACGUCGGAGGGCACCCUGGUCCAGUUCCAGUUCCUUUCCCCGGCCCUGGCCGGGGCGGAGCGGGAGUGGGUCCGAACCCGAACCUUCAGGCACCACACCCACGACGUCCGGGCGGCGGCGGACAUCGGGCGGGCCGUCGUUUCGGGAGGUAUGGACGCGCAGCUGGUGAUCCGGCCCCUCCUGGACAAGGUGGACGCGAACACCCCCGAAUCGGCGCUUCGCAGGAUCCAGUUCCCUCACAGGAAUCUGAUUGGCUGCGCCCAGAAAGCCGGGUUCCUGCUCUUCCAGUUCCCCUCGCACCUGGAGCUGUGGAGGCUGGGCGAGGCCGACGCCCACGGAAAACCAGGAGAGACUUUACCCGUGAGGAGGAAACCGGAGAAGCUGCUUCACCUGAAGGCCAAGGGCGACGACCACAUCGCCUGCAGCGCUGUGUCCCCGUGCGGGGCGUGGCUGGCCUUCUCCACCGCGUCCGGCGUGCGGCUGUUUCGGCUCCGGCGCCACGACGACGACGACGGCUUCAGCGUCUCCAAGGUGUCCCGCCUGCCGAAGGUGCUGAGCUCCGCCCACCGGCUGUGCUUCUCCCCGGACUCCUCGCGGCUGUUCGCCGCCUCCGCCCGGUCCGCGGUGCACGUGAUCUCCCUCGGCCAAUCGGAGUGCGAGCACUUGCACACCUUCAAGCCCCCGUCGGGGUCGGCGGAGCCGGUUCACCUGUUAGCCGCCAGCGCAGACGGGGCUUGGCUCGCCACCGCAAACCGCCAGUCCGAGGUCCACAUCUACAACCUGCGCAAGCUCAAGCCCCACAGCACUGUCCCGGUGUACUCGUCCUGCCCUAGUGCCAUCGCAAUUCACCCUAAAACCAACAACCUGCUGAUGGUUCACGCCGACCGGCAGAUAUUCGAGUUCAGCAUAGAGGAGAAGAGGUACACGGACUGGAGCCGCAAGCUUCAGAAGGAGGGUCUUCACCGCUUGUGGUUGGAGAGGGACACGCCCGUCACGAACGCGGCCUUCAACCCCCGCAACCCGGAGCAGUUUCUCUUGCACGACGCCUUCAUGUUCUGCGUGGUCGAUCAGAGCCUGCCCCUCCCUGACCGGAAAACACAGUUCUACAAUCAGCUGACCCUGAAGAGCCUAUCGGAGCAGGAGAGACUGAGCCACACCCAUGCCUUCAAAGUCUGCAAGAAGUUUCAACCCCUCCUGUUCGCCGGCCUGCUGGAAGACGGGGCGCUGGCCGUGGUAGAGCGCCCCCUGCAGGACAUCGUUUCCCAGCUGCCGGCACCUGUCAGACAGAAGAAGUUCGCCACGUAGACGGCACUAACGAGUCCCUACCGAGCUUUGUAAAAAAAACCCAACGUUUUUCA